GCACCUACCGUCAAUGGUACUCUCACAAUCGACGAAACCGCGCUAGUAAAUCCCGCGCAGAUUCCUCAUCGUGCAAUUGGUAGACGGAAUGCGGUACAGAAAGUGCGUGGUGCAGUACUACGGAACCAUUACGGUGCUCGCAAUUGUAGUGUAUUGCGUUUUUGUGGUUUUUUAUGGGGUUGUUGAUGAGACGUUGGUGACGAGUCGGACAUCCACCUUAACACAAAAACAGGUUACUGAAUCGUCAUUCUGGAUGUCUUACCCUUCAGCUUCUUUACGACACACCACAAAAUCUUUAGUAGAACUGGGCAAAAUGGAUGAAGUUAAUAAGCACUUCCUAUUUCUGAACCAUGUACCAAAGAGUGGUGCAGAAAUCCUCAUAUUGCUACUACAGAGGUUGCAAGGCUACAACAACUAUAGACAUGUGAGGUUGAAAGAUGGGAACAAGAGGUUUUUGACAAGAACCCAACAGGUGCGAUGUUUUAUGAUUCAUAUGGGCAAGGCUGAAAACCGGAAGAUUAUAGCAAGAUCAUUCAACGUACCGGAUUAUGUAUUAACAAAUAUUUGCAUAAUAUUAAACCCAGUUCCAAACGUCGUGCUGGCGAUACCAGAAAUCUGAGUCAACGUGUGUUGUCAUGGUUAAACGGAAAACCUGGUGUAUGAGGUGUACGAAAGAAUGAAGAAGGAAGCGGUUCCUUUGAGUUUUGACCGUCAUGUUUACUUUAUCAACUUUACUUCUUUUGAUAAGCAGCUUCCAGUGUACAUUAAUCUUAUAAGAAACCCUGUGGAUAAAGUUAUAUCAAGGACAUUCUACAAGAGCAAGACAAGAUCUUUCUAUGAAGACUGUAUAACAAGUAAUUCAAGCACAAAUUGUAACUUCAAGAAUGGCAAGACUUAUGACCUAUCUAUACCGUACUUCUGUGGACAUCAUAAAGAAUGCAUGGAGCUGAAUAAUGACUGGGCGUUGCAAACUGCGAAAAGCAAUGUUGAAAAGUAUUACUCAGUUGUUGGAGUCUUAGAAAAACUAAACGAUACUAUGGACGUUAUGGAGCGAGAAAUUCCGUACUUUUUUAAAGGCGCUAAGAAAAUGUAUGGUCAACAAUUAUUUGGUAUUGGCAGCAAUAAAUUUGGCCCAAAAGUAUCGGAUGUUAUAAGAAAGAAGCUAAGCGAAUCCUUAGCGAAAGAACUUGAAUUUUACGAAUGGAUAAAGGCAAGACUUCAACUACAAUUGAAGUUAUAAUUCCAGCUUAGCUAAGCUAUGCUAUUAUGGGGACCUCCCUAGUAUCAAAAGACUGACUCAUUUCAUUGUGAUAUAGCUCUCUAAUUUUAACCUCAAUAAAUACAAUUUUCACUAA